AAAAAGGACACGACGUCGACGGCUGAGGAUAAAUUCCGAAAUCGGCUCAAUUUUUGCAUCUUUUUCCUUUCACAUGAUAGAAAUUACUAAAUAUUCUGAAAUAAAACACUGUUUUAUAGGCAUUGUGACCUAAUAUAGUCCUAUUACAAGAUGGGUAAAGCUAAAAAAGGGAAGAAAGGUCAAGCGAUUGAGGAUGGUGAUAGUGAUGUAGAAACCACUAACAUUGAGAGCAUAAAACCGGUUCCACAAAAGGGAAAGAAAACUGUCAUUGAUACUGAUGAAAGUGAAGACGAAAAGCUAACAUCAAAAUCUAAGAAGAAAUCUGCUGAUUCAGAUAUCAAAGAGGUCACAAAAAAUUUGAAAAAUGUAGCUAUAUCAAAUAAGUCUCAAAAGAAAAAACAGGAAAGCAGUGAAGAUGAGUCAGAAGAUGAUGAACCUAAGAAGAAUUCAAAGAAAAAUAAGAAAAAAGAGGAAAAAAGUGCCUUUUCUCUUUUAACAGUAGAAUCUGGGGAUUCUGCACCUGAAGCACCUCCAUCAUCAGAUGAUGAAAGACCAGUCCAAAAAAAUCAAAAGAAACCUAGUCAAGAAAAAAAAGAACCAGCUGGUAAGAAGGGAAAGAAAGCCAGGAGGAAGAAAGAUGAAAGUGAUGAGGAUAUAGAAAAAGUUUUAGCUGAAUUAGAAAUGGAAAUGUUGGGUGUGAAAAAAGAAGUGCCAGUAACAUCUGAGGUUGAAAAGCCACAGGAGGAAGCUGAAAGUAAAGAAGAAAAGAAGCCUAAGAAAAAAAAUAAAAAGAAUGAGGAAAAACCAGAGCAAGUAGAUGUUGAUGGUGGUGAGAAGGGAAGUGAUGAUGAAAAUGAUAUAACCAUUAAAACUGCAGCUCAAAAGAAGAAAGAGAAGAAAGAACGUGAAAAGUUAAAAAAACUAGAAGCUAAAAAAAAAGAAAAGGAACAGGAGCCGAAAAAGGAGGGCUCUGAACCUAAAACUCCUGCAAAACCAACUGAGAAAAAGACUGAAACGAAACCUGAAGAAGUAAAGAAUGAAGAAACUAAAGCUCCAUCUGAAGAAAAAGACGGAGAGAAUGAAGCUCCAUCAACUGAAGGCAAGAAAAAGAAAAAAGGAGAGAAGGGUGAAAAAGACGACAAAACAAAGAAAGGCCCAACAAAAAAACAUAUUGCUGCUAUGCAGGAGGCAUUAAAGAAAGUGAAGGAAGAAGAGGAAAGAUUACAACGUGAGGAAGAAGAAAGAAUAAGGCAAGAAGAAGAAAGGGAACGUCAAAGACUAGAAGCGAUAAGGCUAGAAAAGGAGCGUAAAGACAAAAAGAAGCAGAAGGAAAAGGAGAGAAAAGAGAGACUUAAAGCAGAAGGAAAACUUUUAACACCAAAACAAAAAGCUGAAAAGGCAAGAGCUCAAGCUAUGCUUGAAUCAUUAAAAGCUCAAGGAAUUGAAAUUGGUUCAACAGAAAAGAAACCUCCACGUCCUGGCACAAGGAUCAAGCCUACGAAACUAAAGACGCAAAUAUCACAGGAAGCUCCAGCUACACCAGUCGAAGAGAGCAAACCAGAGAUCAGUGCUACAGAAAAAAGUGAACCUGAGAAAGUUGAGGAGAAAAAAGAGUCAGAUACAGAAUCUGUAAAAGAUGCUUGGGAUGCAGAGUCAUCCGAAGAUGACGAACCCGAAAAUCCAGAGCCUGUUAAAGAACAAGUAAAGGUACAAGAAAAACCGAAGCAAGAAGAGAAGGAGGAAGAAGAUAGUUCUGAAGAGGAAGACAGCAGCUCAGAAGAGGACUCCAGUUCGGAGGAGGAUUCUGAUGAUGAAGGAAUGACAGAUGCUCAGAAGAAGAGGGAAUUGGUACUAAAACGUCUGGAGAAACGUAAAGAAGAAAAUGAAAAGAACAAAGCCAACAAUCCACUGCGAGCGGCCGUUGUAUGUGUACUUGGUCACGUCGACACAGGCAAGACCAAGAUAUUGGACAAACUGCGACGCACAAACGUACAAGACGGUGAAGCCGGCGGUAUCACGCAGCAGAUCGGAGCCACUAAUGUGCCUAUUGAGAAUAUCAAGGAGCAAACGAAACAUGUUAAAGGGGUUAACGAAAUCGCCUUCAAGCUACCAGGUUUGCUCAUCAUUGACACACCCGGCCACGAGUCCUUCAGUAACUUGAGAAAUCGUGGAUCUUCACUUUGUGAUAUUGCUAUUCUUGUAGUUGAUAUUAUGCACGGUCUAGAACCACAGACAAUAGAAUCUAUUAAUCUACUAAAACAGAAGAAGACACCUUUUAUUGUUGCUCUCAACAAAAUCGACAGAUUGUACGACUGGCAAAGUGCUCAGCGUAAAGAUAUCAGGGAUAUCCUGAAGAUGCAACAACAGAAUACGCAGCUUGAGUUUGAGAAACGCAGCAAGGAUGUUAUCAUACAGUUUGCUGAGCAGGGUCUAAACGCAGCGUUGUUCUACAACAACCCGGAUCCCCGCACCUAUGUCUCCCUGGUGCCCACAUCCGCUGUGACGGGUGAGGGUAUGGGUAACCUCUUGGCUAUGAUCGUCCAGGCGUGCGAGGGACCGCUGCACAAACGUCUGAUAUUCUCCAACCAGCUGCUCGCUACUGUGCUUGAGGUGAAAGCCAUCCCCGGUCUCGGCACGACCAUAGACUGCAUCCUCAUAAACGGCACGUUACACGAGGGCGACACGGCGGUGCUGGCGGGCACUGACGGGCCGAUCGUGACGCAGAUCCGGUCGCUGCUGAUGCCGCAGCCUAUGAAAGAGCUGCGAGUCAAGAACGCAUACAUAGAACACAAAGAGGUUGUCGGCGCUCAGGGUGUGAAAAUAGCCGCCAAGGAGUUAGAGAAAGCCAUAGCGGGCUUGAAUCUACUUGUGGCACAGAAACCUGAUGAAGUUGAUGUAUUAAAGGAGGAAGUGGCGAGGGAGUUGAAAUCUGCGUUGUCAUCAAUCCGUCUGUCGGAGCGCGGUGUGUACGUGCAGGCGUCGACGCUAGGUUCGCUCGAGGCGCUGCUGGACUUCUUGAGGACGAGCAAAAUACCUUACUCGGCGAUCAGGAUAGGUCCCGUGGUGAAGCGCGACGUGAUGAAGGCGUCGGCCAUGUUGGAGCAUGACUCGCAGUACGCCACUAUCCUGGCGUUUGAUGUUAAGAUCGAGCGCGACGCCCAGGAGUUGGCAGACCAACUCGGCGUGAAGAUAUUCGCGGCGGACAUCAUAUACCACCUGUUCGACAAGUUCACCGCCUACCGCGAGGAACUCAAGCAGAGGAAGAGGGAAGAGUUCAAACAUAUUGCUGUGUUCCCCUGCAAACUUAAGAUUCUGCCUCAAUUCGUGUUUAACUCCCGAGACCCCAUUGUAGCGGGUGUGAUGGUUGAAGCCGGCAUCGUGAAGGAGGGUACUCCUAUCUGCGUACCCAGCAAGGAGUUCGUGGAGCUGGGUUUGGUGACGUCCAUCGAGAUAAACCACAAGCAAGUGGAGACGGCUCGCAAGGGGCAGGAGGUGUGCAUCAAGAUCGAGCCGAUACCCGGCGAGUCGCCCAAGAUGUUCGGACGACACUUCGACGAGACGGACUUCCUCGUCAGCAAGAUAUCCCGUGCGAGUAUAGACGCGUGCAAGGACUAUUUCCGUGACGACCUGAUCAAGACAGACUGGCAGCUGAUGGUGGAACUGAAGAAACUCUUCCAGAUUCUCUAAAACACUUGAACUUCCGAAAGGUUUUGUACUCAGUGUUAGUCGGUAUUAUACCAAACUUCAGGGCAUUUAGGGCAGUCUAAGUGAGUAUCGACGCCCUUGCCCUUGGUCAUGCCUUCUGCAAGGUGUAACAAAACUAAAUGAUAAUUCUUUAGGGAGUGUAUGGAUCCCUUAUGUAGAGUUCGCCGUGAAAGUAGCAGUACUUAACUUUUUUCCACCUAU